AUGGCGAAGAAGAAGAAGAAAUUCAGCAAUUUGGAGAUGACCCUCAUCGGCCUCUUCUGCGCGGUGGUGGCCGUGGCCUGCGCCCUCGUGGGGGUGUUGGCCACCAGGGAAGACACGGCCCGGGAUCCCGAAUUUUCUCCCACCUGCCCGGACGUGAGGCCGGAGGAACGGAUCGACUGCGUCCCCGACCGACUCGCCAGCAAGCGCCUGUGCGCGCUCCGCGGCUGCUGCUGGAGCCCCCGCCCCGACCCCGCCGUGCCCUGGUGCUUCUUCUCCCGCGGCCACGGAUACGCCCUGCAGGGGGCGCUGCGCGGGACUCCGCAGGGGUUCGAGGCUUCGCUGUCGCGUCUCCCCGCGCCCUCGCUCUUCGGGGGGGACGCUCCGCGCCUGCUGCUGACGGCGCAGCACCAGAGCCCCGCCCGCCUCCGCAUCAAGAUCACCGAUCCCGAAAAGCAGAGAUUUGAAGUCCCCCAUGAGCACGUGGCAGAUUUCCAGGGUUCGGCCGCCGACAACCCAAAAUAUAAAGUUGACGUCCAGGAAAAUCCCUUUGGCAUCAAGGUGACCAGAGCAAGCAACGGAAAAGUUCUGUUCGACACCACCAUCGGCCCGUUGCUCUACGCCGACCAGUUCCUGCAACUCUCCGUCAAACUCCCCAGCAGCAACGUCUACGGGGUGGGGGAGCACGUCCACAAGCAAUACCGGCACGACCUCAACUGGAAAACCUGGCCCAUGCUGAGCAGGGACACGGCCCCUUCCGGCAAUGCGGAGAACUUGUACAGCGUUCAGACAUUCUUCCUGUGCCUGGAAGACAACACCGGCGCCUCCUUCGGCGUCUUCUUGAUGAACAGCAAUCCCAUGGAGUUCGCCCUCCAGCCGGCGCCCGCCGUCACUUACCGGACGAUCGGCGGAAUUCUGGAUUUUUACGUCUUCCUGGGAGACACCCCCGAGCAAGUGGUGCAGGAGUACGUGAAGUUCAUCGGCUUGCCGGCGCUGCCCGCCUACUGGUCCCUGGGAUUCCACCUCAGCCGCUACGACUACGGGUCCCUCGAGGAGGUGAAGGCCGUCGUGGAGCGAAACCGCGCCAUCGGCCUCCCUUACGACGUGCAGCACACGGACAUCGACUACAUGGAAGCCAAGAAAGAUUUUACUUACGACAAAGUGAAAUUCAAAGACCUCCCCGGUUUCCGCGCUUAUAUGCACGAAUACGAGCAGAAAUACGUCAUCAUCCUGGAUGCUGCCGUCAGCACGGAGCCCCUCGUCGACGGUUCUCCUUACCCGGCCUAUGAGAGGGGACAAAGCCGGAGAGUUUGGGUUAACGAGUCGGACGGAGUAACGCCCUUAAUUGGACAGGUCUGGCCGGGAAGAACGGUCUUCCCGGAUUUCACCAACCCCGAGUGCUCCAGCUGGUGGGUGGAGGAAUGCAAGUUGUUUUACACCCAAGUGCCCUACGACGGGAUCUGGAUCGAUAUGAACGAAGUCGCCAGCUUUGUCCCCGGCUCGAUUAACGGCUGCGAGCCCAACAACUUCAACUACCCUCCCUUCACGCCCCGCGUCGUCGAUAGGCUCCUGUUUUCCAAGACGCUCUGCAUGGAUGCCGUGCAGAAGUGGGGGCGACAAUACGACGUCCACAACCUUUACGGAUACUCCAUGAUCCUCGCGACAAAAGAAGCCAUUAAAAGUGUGUUUCCCGGGAAACGCAGCUUCCUUCUUUCGAGGUCGACUUUCGCGGGAUCGGGAAAGUACGCGGGGCACUGGCUGGGAGACAACACGGCGUCGUGGGACCAGAUGAAAUGGGCCAUACCCGGAAUGCUGGAAUUCGGCCUCUUCGGGAUCCCUUAUAUCGGGGCGGACAUUUGCGGCUUCUUCGAAGACACCACGGAGGAGCUUUGCAGACGCUGGAUGCAAGUGGGAGCGUUUUACCCCUUUUCCAGGAAUCACAACACCGAAAAAUGCACACCCCAGGACCCGGCCUUCUUCGGCGCCGAUUCGGUUUUGGUGAAAUCCUCGAAGCACUACUUGACCAUCCGCUACACGCUGCUGCCCUACCUCUACACCCUCUUCUACAGAGCUCACACCCGAGGGGACACGGUGACGCGGCCGGUUCUCCACGAGUUUUAUUCCGACGAAGCGACGUGGAGCGUGGAUAGACAGUUCCUGUGGGGUCCCGGGCUCCUCAUCACCCCCGUGCUCGAGCCGGGGGUGGACGUCAUCCGCGCGUACAUCCCCGAUGCCGUCUGGUACGAUUACGAUUCGGGCGCGAGAAUCUGGUGGAGGAGACAGUGGGCGGAGCUCUACCUUCCCGCCGACAAGAUGGGCCUCCACCUCCGAGGGGGCCACGUCGUCCCCUUCCAGCGACCCGCCACCACCACCCCCGCCAGCCGUAAGAAUCCCCUGGGGCUCAUCGUGGCGCUGGACGACAACAACGAAGCCCUUGGGGAGCUCUUCUGGGACGACGGAGAAUCCACAGGUACCGUCGACGGCAAAACCUACAUUUUCUACGACUUCAAGGUUUCCAACAACCUUCUGCAGAUGAACGUGACGCACGACAACUACAGCGACCCCCACGCCCUGGCCUUUGAAGAAAUCAAAAUUUUGGGGUUGCCGGGGGAACCGGUGGCCGUGACCGUGACGCGGGAGGACGGCGUGCAAGAGGCGCCUCCCAACAUCACCUACACGCCGGCGGACAAGGUUGCUCUCAUACGAGGGCUCCGGCUGGAACUGGGAAAAUCCUACUCCUUGAGGUGGACGCUGGGAACCGGCGCCAAGGAGAAAUACGAUUGUCAUCCCGCUCCGGACGCAACCCGGGAAAAAUGCGAACAGCUCGGCUGUGUCUGGGGCGAAGAUCCCGCCAACCCCGGCGUGCCCUACUGCUACUACAACGGCUCCGCCAACGCCUAUUCCGUCGCCGACGUGAAGUACACGCCGUGGGGCGCCACGGCCAACCUCACCUUGGCCGAGAGCCGAGGCCGAGGCCGGGAGAAACUCACGUCGCCCAUCGGCAGCCUUCGCCUGGAGGUGAAAUACCACGACAACCACCUGCUGCAAUUUAAGAUUUACGAUUACGCCGCCAAAAGGUACGAGGUGCCGGUUCCGCUCAAUCUCCCCGAGUCCCCGGCAAGCGCGGCCGAGAAGCGACUCUACGACGUGGCGGUUCAGAGCGACCCCUUCGGCGUCCAGGUCCGACGCAGAAGCACGGGGACGGUGAUCUGGGAUUCUCAGCUCCCGACGUUCACCUUCAGCGACAUGUUCAUCCAGAUCUCCACCCGCCUGCCCUCCCAGUACCUGUACGGCUUUGGGGAAACCGAGCACACCAUGUUUCGCCGUGACAUGAACUGGCACACCUGGGGGAUGUUCACCAGGGACCAGCCUCCCGGAUACAAGCUGAAUUCCUACGGCUUCCAGCCCUUCUACAUGGGGCUGGAGGAAGACGGCAACGCCCACGGCGUCCUCCUGCUGAACAGCAACGCGAUGGACGUGACCUUCCAGCCCACGCCCGCGCUGACCUACCGCACGACGGGGGGGAUUCUGGAUUUUUACCUGGUUUUGGGCCCGACGCCGGAGCUCGUCGUGCAGCAAUACACGGCGCUGAUCGGGCGACCGGUCAUGCCACCCUACUGGGCGCUGGGGUUCCAGUUGUGUCGCUACGGGUACGAAAACGACACCGAAAUCGCCAAAUUGGUGGAAGACAUGAGAGCAGCCCAGAUCCCCUACGACGUGCAGUACGCAGACAUCGAUUACAUGCAACGGCAGCUGGACUUCACCCUUAACCCCCGCUUCGCUGGCUUACCCGCCCUGAUUAAUAAAAUCCGAGAAGAAGGAAUGAGGUUUAUCCUCAUCCUGGAUCCGGCCAUAUCCGGUAACGAAACCGAUUAUCCCGCCUUCACGAGAGGUUUGGAGAAGGACGUCUUCAUCAAAUGGCCCAAUAGCGAGGACAUUAUCUACGCGAAGGUCUGGCCGGAUCUUCCCAACGUAGUGGUUAACGACUCGCUGGAUUGGGACACCCAAGUGGAGCUCUACCGAGCGUACGUGGCUUUUCCCGACUUCUUCCGCAAUUCCACGGCUGAAUGGUGGGCGCGAGAAAUCGCCGAAGUCUACGACAACCCGCGCAACGCCUCGACCAGCUUGAAGUUCGACGGCCUGUGGAUCGACAUGAACGAACCUUCCAGCUUCGUCCACGGCGCCGUCGGCGGCUGUAGAAAUCGAGAGCUGAACUUCCCGCCCUACGUACCCCAGUUGGGAUCCAGGUCGGAGGGGUUGAGUUUCAAAACGCUGUGCAUGGAAGGGCAGCAAUAUCUCCCCGACGGUUCCCCGCUCCGGCACUACGACGUCCACAACCUCUACGGGUGGUCGCAGACGAAACCCACCCUCGACGCCUUGCGGAAUCUCACGAAGGAGCGAGGAAUCGUCGUCACCCGUUCGACCUACCCCGGCAGCGGGAAAUGGUCGGGACAUUGGCUGGGGGACAACACGGCCGCGUGGCACCAGCUGGACAAAUCCAUCAUCGGUAUGAUGGAGUUCAGCCUCUUCGGAAUAUCCUACACAGGAGCGGAUAUCUGCGGCUUCUUCGGCGACUCGGAGUACGAGCUGUGCGCCCGGUGGAUGGCGCUGGGCGCUUUUUACCCCUACUCGAGGAACCACAACGGCAAAGGAUCCAAGAGGCAAGAUCCCGUCGCUUGGAAUUCGACUUUUGAGGAAAUUUCCCGGAAAGUGCUCAACAUCCGCUACACCCUCUUGCCCUAUUUGUACACCUUGAUGUACGAGGCCAACGCGCGCGGCAGCACCGUCGUCCGCCCGCUGCUCCACGAGUUCGUGGAAGACAGAACGACGUGGGAAAUCUACAAACAAUUCCUGUGGGGCCCCGCGUUGCUCAUCAGCCCCGUGUUGGAACAGGGAGCCGUGGCGGUGACCGCGUACCUGCCCGACGCCCGCUGGUACGAUUACCACACCGACGAAUAUAUCGGCUUCCGGGGACAAUUCCGCGAUUUCCCGGCGCCUUUGGACCACAUCAACCUCCACCUCCGCGGCGGUUACGUCCUCCCGCAGCAAAGCCCCGCCAGCACCACGUUCUACAGCCGAAAAAACCCGCUGUCUCUGACGGUGGCCUUGGACGACAGCCAGCGGGCCGAGGGGCAGCUCUACUGGGACGACGGGGUGAAAAUGGACGCGUACGAAGAGGGGGCGUAUCUGCUGACGGCCUUCACCGCCCGUCAGAACGUCUUGGAGAUCAAGGUUUUGCACCGGGGUUACGCCGACCCCAACAACCUGAAAUUCACACAAAUCAAGAUUUUGGGGGUGCCGCGGGCGGCGGGGGAGGUGACGGUGUGGCGGGGGGGAGAAGCGCUGCCCUCCCCCCACUCGGUGGCCUACGACAGCCAAAAACAGGUGCUGGAAAUCACCCGCCUGGAACUGGAAUUGGGCAGCGACUACCGCGUCCAAUGGAGCUAAAAAUACCCGGAAAAAAUCGCCCCGAAAUCGAGCUUUGAACCUUCCCGGCUUCACAAAUCGCGUUUUUCGG